AUGGGAGUUGACAAAAGAAAAGACGUAUCCAACUCUGACUCUGAAUCCAAGGGAUUGAAGGUUGAUAAAGAGAAGUCCACUAUGAAACUCAAACCCAAUUCCUCUGGAUCUAAGCGAAGGCGACUUGACUCUCGAGAUGAAGAGGAACCCAAAUCCUUGAGUAAUGUGAACAACGGAUUUAAAAAACGAUGUUGGGAUCCAUGUAAUAUUUACAUAUUCGGAGCACCUGGAACGAGAAAGACUUUUUGGACUAAUAUUGUAUUCCCGAAUGCAUAUAAAAAAUCGAUGGAUGAUAAUUGGGAAAAUUAUAAUAAUGAUCACAUUAUUGUUAUUAAUGAGAUAGAACGAGGGUCAGCAUCCCAGACAAAUUUACUUAAUAUUCUCGAUCGAGCUCCAAUAAAAAUUCAGGUUAAGGGGUCAUCACUCGAUUAUGUUGGAAUGUAUCAAGUAUUAAUAUCAAAUACGGGAUUACGGGAAUUGUAUGAUUAUGAUGGUGAUAUCCCAUAUUAUGAAAGAUUUUACAGGGCAAUCGAGAGAAGAUUUAAUUUUAUUAUAGAGUAUCGCAAAAUUAGAAAUGAUAGUGUACGUGUUUGUAAUGUUGAAUGUACAUGUUGCAGAAUUCAAAGAAUUUUUCACAAGGGCUCAAGAGAAAAAUUUCAAAAGUUGGAAUUUGAUAUUGAAUUCGAUGAAAAGAUAACUCGGGAUUGUGCAUUGGAGAUUGUACGAAAGUUAAAUAGAGAAGGAAAGUUGUUACAAUUGGAUAAUAAAAUUAUCUGGAGAGAAGAUUUUAAUGAUGAUAAUAGAUAUAUGGUUAGAGAUGGGGACGAGUUGCAUCUAGAUUUCAUUGUUUAUUCUGAGAUUUUAGUACAAGACCUGAUUUGUGAGGAGAUAUCAUCGUUUGCGAAUGAUCAGCUUGUUGCUUUAACCGAACAUAUCAUGAAGAGAGUAUGGAAUAAUAAGGUUUUAAAAUAUUCCACAUCCUUUCGCACAUACAUCGAAGAAACUUUAAAUGGAUUAUAUAUUACACGUAUGGAACUUUGUGCGGCAUUGUUCUAUCUUGUAAAGUAA